GGAAGGACACCGUUAUCAAUGAUGGAGGAAUAUUGAUGAAAAUUAACCAGAUGUUCUCACAAAUAUGACUAUUUCUUGAACAAGCUGGCAAAAAAAUAAAAACUUUAUUGGACGUUUUUAAUCUUCAUAGUAGUGGUUGUCACAGGUUUCACAAAAGCAAAGGGUUUAAAAUGUCGGAAAUGCGUGUUUUGCAUCAACGGAUAAGUUCAGUCAUCAUGGACAUACUAGCCUCCGCUGCGGUUACAGAGAUUUGUACGUUAGUAGAGGAUUGUUGUGGAGCAUUACGUGCAGAAGUCUCUCAAAGCAAGGAGCAAAUCAAAAUACUAGAGAAGCAACUCAGCCUGGCUGAGUCGAGUUACAGGUCGGUGAGUUGCAAAGGUCAGACGCCUGUCAGCAGCGGCUCACGGAUCAAUAACAGUAUUUCGGGCAAUUCCCCCGCGGCCAAUGAAGAUGAUGCGGACGACACUCACGAUGACGAAGAUUUUCAGCAGUUCAUUGUCUCUGAAGUGGAGUUUCCCCCCGAGCAGCAGGAGUGGAGCCCCAGUCUGGGACCAGAGGACUGGAACCCCAUACAGAUUAAAGAGGAACAGGAAGAAUUCAGUAUCAUCCAGGAGAAGGAAGACUCUGUAUUCACUCCUGCCUGGGUGAAAAGUGACUAUGAUCAGUACUCAACUCAGUCCUCACAAACCCAAAGUGAAGAGUACAAAGACAGAAUGGCCUCAACGGAACAGAUCAAAACAGAACCUAAGGAAGAUGAUUCCUCAGAGCCAACCAGUGACUCUCAUCCCCAGUGCAAAUUGAAGAAGACAUGGACAGAAAAAGGACAAAGCUCGAAUGGUAGAAAAUCCAUGGAUCUGAAAUCACCAGUGCAAAGGAGACACACAGAAGUGCAACCAUUUUGCUGUAGUGAUUGUGGGGAACAUUUCACUCAGAUGGGAAAACUGGAUGCUCAUAGGAAGGCCCACACAGGAGAGAAACCGCAUCGCUGUGGUGAAUGUGGCAAAUGUUUUACUCAAGUUGGUUAUCUGAACUAUCACAGAAAGACGCACACAGGGGAGAAACCUCAUCGCUGUCAUGAUUGUGGCAAAUGUUUCUUUCGAGUUGGUGAUCUGACACUUCAUAUGAGGAUUCACACAGGGGAAAAACCGCUUUGCUGCCAGGUUUGUGGCAAAUGUUUUGCUCGUCCUAGUAAUCUAAGGUCUCACAUUAGGAUUCACACAGAGAAAUCUUAUAGCUGUCAUUAUUGUGGCAAAUACUUUCGUCAUAAAGGUAAUCUGUCAGCGCAUAUGAGGAUUCACACAAGGGGAAGUCAUAAUGUCGCUAUAGUAGCAGAUCUUUCACCACUGGCGAUAAUCACAUGAGCGAUUUUAAAGUAUAUUGCGGUCAGGAUUGUUGUAAAUGUUUCACUAAUUAGAAUAUGAGGAGACCGAGGGGAGGAACCACAUGCUACCAUGACUGGCAAAUAUUUCAUUAUCUUAGGUCUUCUGAGAUCUCUUUUGUUCGAGGCAUGGUUCACAUCAGGCAAUGCUUCAUGUGAAUAGCAGACUCAGAUUUUGUGAGUGUUUUUUAUUUUAUUUUGCAGGGCAGCUCUAACCAACAUCUCCAAUCUCGUCUCAUUGAUUGGACGCCAGGUUAGCUGAGUCCUGACUCCAAUUAGCUUUUGGGGGUUCACAUACUUUUUCCAACCUACACCGUGAAUGUUUAGAAUAAUCUAUUCAAUAUAGACAAGAAAAAUACAAUUUGUGUUAUUAGUUUGAGCACACUGUGUUUGUCUAUUGUUGUGACUUAGAGGAAGAUCAGAUCACAUUUUUUUUGGACCAAUUUAUGUGGAAAUCCAGGUAAUUCCAAAGGGUUCACAUACUUUUUCUUGCAACUGUAUUCCUCCGGCAGAUACACACACACACACACACACACACACACACACACACACACACACACACCCCUUUUAAACUAUUCAGAGUCAAAGAUAGAUCCAACCCUUGGCUUUCAUCUUAGCUCAUUCCGAUUAGAAGUCAGUCUUGGGCCAAUUCAAGGAAAACUGACUCUGUAGUGGACUGGCAAUCUUUCAGACAGUUGAGAAACAGAUGUACUGUUUUUGAUUAAGAAAGCUAAAUCAAGCUACUUUUUAUGCCCUGCUGGUGAUUCUUCACAAUUUGGGAAAACAGUCAAUGUACUGAAGUGUACAAAUUCCUUCUCUUCCCUGCCUAAGCAAGUUCUGUCUGACUGGCAUCAUAACUGAGAAGAAUGGGAUAAGUGACGCUUUUAAUCAUCAUUUUAUCUCGGCAGGCUUUUUAUUUGCGAAAAACUGGUUUAAUUGACCCUGGUCAGUCAAUCAACUGCUCUUCCCUCUGCCAGCCUCUUGCUGACACGAUGGUUAACCUGUCAACUUCUAGUGAAUCUUUUGUUUGUUUUCAAUUCAACAAUUUACUAUCUGUGACGUGCUCGAUGCCUUUUCUUAAGAUUGAUGUUAAAAAACAAAUCCCCUGUGGCUGAUAUUCUUGAUACAUUUUUGCUGCAGCUCACUGCCCCCCUGAUUGCUGUAUUAUUAACCCAUAUUUUUAACCUGACAACUAUAUAUCUGGUACUACCCCUAAAGUUUGGAAGGUGGCCCAUGUACUCCCCCUUCACUAAGGUGGUGACCCUUGUGACCUAAAUAAUUAUUGGCUUAUUUCUAAACUUUCUUGCCUUGCUAUAAUAUUAGAAUCCUUGAUUAAUUCUCAGCUAAGAACUUUCUUAUCUUUGAAAUGUUUUCUAAAUGUACAUCAGUCUGGUUUUAGACCAGGUCAUAGAACUAUCUCUGCUCCAUCCCUAGUUAUAAAUGAUGUGGUUAGCUGUAUAGAUAAAAGGCAACAUUGUGCUGCCCUCUUCAUUAACCUGUCAAAGGCUUUCAAUACUGUUAAUCACUCACUGCUAAUUCAUAGGCUUUCAAUUGGCCUAGACCAGGCUGCAUGUAACUGGUUUAAAAAUUACUUGACAGAUAUAACUCAAUGUAUAUCUCCUGAUGGUGUUAAAGGAUGAUUCUGGGUCCUGUACUUUUUACUGUUUACAUUAACAAUAUCAACUUGCCUGUCAAAUUGUAACUUGCACUUGUAUGCCGAUGAUACUGUUGUGUAUGCUAUUGCCCCCACCCUGUUGACCAGGCUCUAUCUGAACUUCAGUCUGCCUUCAUUGUAUUAUAGAAAAACUUUAUUGACCUAAAAUUAGUACUGAAAACGAAGUAAUAUCUUGUUCUCUAGAGCGCAUAAAGUCUGAUUUUUAAGCAUAUGUACUUUGGAUUGUGUCCCUGCUUACAAAUAUCUGGAAAGAUGAAAAGGUGCCUUUUAAAAAGCAUAUUGAUGACUUAAGAAGCUAAGAAUAAAAAUGUGUUUCUUCUAUAGAAAUAGGUUCUGCCUCUCGCUAAAUAGUAGAAAGCAGAUCAUUCAGUCGACAUUCCUAACGGUCCUAGACUAUGGCGACAUCGUCAAUAUGAACUGCCACUUCAUUAAAGCUGUUAGGUGCAGUUUAUCAUAGCCCACUGCACUUUUUUUACAGGUGACAAUUUUAGUACUCAUCACUGCAUUCUCUACCAGAAAGUUGGUUGGCCUUCUGAUGUCACGUAGGUUGAUACAUUGCCAUGUUUUCAUUUAUAAAGCUCUUUUACAAAAAGUUCCACUGUACCUACCUAACAUAAUUACUAGACUGUAGACAUACAAGUUACCACACCUGGUCUCAUGAAAGGCUAAAUGCAUAUUCCUUUGGUCUCUCUUUUAGUUUUCUUGCACCUUAUUUGUGGAACAAUCUUCAAAAUGUUCUUUAAAUUUGAUGGUCUGGCACCUUUUAGGGCAAUUCAGAAGGCUGAUUGAGGACCUUAUUACUGAUAAAUGUUUUUCUUUCUUUCUGCUUGCAUUUUGUAUUUAUAUUUUUGUGUGUAUUCUCUGUAAUUUAUGUAAUUCAGGGUUCAUCUGUAAAAGAGACCUUUGUCUCAGUAUGACUCUGAUAACCUUUUAUUAAAAACAUAUUUCAUCUGGA